UAACGCUAACAAGCGGUCCUCCAUUUUUAAAAUGUCAUCGAUUAUUCAGUGUGUUUUUGCAUUAUUUUUGUGCUCAGAACUAUGUAAUGGUCAGCUUUUUAAAAUGUAUACAGGUGGAUUUGAGACAUUCAAUCCCCUACCGUUCCCAGUCUGUAAGGCGAACGACAUAGAAUGCCUCCGCCGUGGCUUCAGAACCUUCUUUUUCUUAAUGGACUCCGGCCAUAUGGGUAUGCGCCCGAUCGACCCGGCCAUAGUGAACAGUGUGGCCGUGUCUUUACCAGAACAGCAGGUCUCAUUCCUGUUGAGGAGGGUCAACGUUACCGGAGCUAAAUGGACUAAGCUUGCUGAACGAAGGUUUCAGGUGCACGGAGGUAAAAGUGGCGCCAUCUUCAACAGUGACCUUCAUGUUGGAGCCGAGAUAAUCAUGAAAAUUGCGGAUAGGCUGGAGCCCUAUGCAUCCUACAUAACUAUGGAUAUACAGGAGGUAGAAAGCAAUAUCACCUACACCUGGGCUGGCACUAACGUGAACAACGAAGACUACAUCCUAAUCGGCCCAGAAAGGAUCGCAGUGAGGAAUCGGCGCACGCCUACAUAUUUCCUACAGCCGAUAAAUAACAAUUUCCUGCACAUGAAUAUGAUAGAAGCUGGUCUCCAGGCGAAGACCUCAGUGCUGGAUCAUUUCUCCAACGAGAUUGUCACAGCGGUCAUGCAUGCUGUGGUUGACAACUUCCGACUUUUUGCGAGGAAGAUACCAGUCAAAUAUUAUUACCACUACAGUUCUUUCAUUUAGUCAUAAGUAAAGGUUUAGCACAAGGAAUUUAGGUAAUAGCACAUUGCCACCCAGUGAAACAAGACAUCCAUGCUGGGCCACAAAAAUAUACAGUAUGACAUGAUUUGACUAUACUAUACAGUUGUAAACUUAUUGAACAAAUAAACUCAAAAUAGGGUGCUUUUUUCCCAAAAACAGCGCCUAACAUCAGGAUAUUAAGCAUGGUCGCGCGAUAAAUGAUAAAACA